AUGGCAUAUAAAGCAGCACAUCUGGCUUUUAAGUCACGCUGGCACAAGACAGACGAAGAACUCUGUCGCCACAGCAUGUCAUUUGACUUACAUAAGGCAAUCCAGAAUGACUUCUUUCAGUGUUACCUUUAUCUGCUGGAAACUCUUCCCCUGGUGAAACUUUACGCUUUAACAAGUCAAGUUAUCAAUGGGGAGAUGCAGUUCUACGCCAGGGCCAAACACUUCUACCAGGAGGUACCAGCCACAGAAGAGGGCAUGAUGGGAGACUACAUUGAGCUCUCCAAUAUAGACAUUGAAUCCUCCAGGGAGUUUCUCAGGAAGUUUGUUGGGGGGGUGGGGAAAGCUGGCACCAACCGCGCCCUGGACUGUGGCUGUGGGAUAGGUCGGAUCAGCAAGCAUGUCCUGUUACCAGUUUUCAAGAGUGUGGAACUGGUGGAUAUGAUGGAAAAUUUCCUGGCUGAGGUCCCGAACUACCUGCAGGACGAGGAGGACAGAGUAGAAAUGUAUUAUUGCAAAAGCCUCCAGGAAUUCACUCCAGCCCCACAAAGAUAUGAUGUCAUCUGGAUUCAGUGGGUUUCAGGAUAUCUGACAGAUAAAGAUCUCCUGAAGUUUCUCAUCCGGUGCCAGAAAGGCUUGAAGGAUAAUGGUGUUAUCAUUCUCAAGGACAAUGUAGCCAGGGAGGGCUGUAUCCUGGAUUGUCUGGACAGUAGUGUGAUCCGAGACCUGAACAUCCUCCACAGCCUCAUUGAAAUGAGUGGACUCGUCAUCCUGCAAGAGGAGAGGCAGCAGGGAUUCCCUGAGCAGUGCGUCCCUGUCUGGAUGUUGGCCAUGCAGAAACGCCCUGCCCAUUCCUGACUGCAUAAUGUGGCAGCAAAGACUGGACUACGGAUGGAGGACAAAGGGGAAGAAAAGCACCUGUAGAAUACUACUAGCUACCUACUGCUACCACUGUAAUUCCAAGGCAGCAACUUCUAAAGGAUCAAGAGAGAAUUACAAUUGAGCCAGCUUCUCCAGGCAAUAGUCUGCUUCUAAAUCCUGCCUGCUUCACCAUUUUUGAAAGACUUUCUGACAGCUCCUUGUAGGAUUUCUCUUUUAUUCAAGAGCCAAUACUACAACAGAACUAAACUAAAUACGGAGACUUCAGACUAAUUAUUUUCUAGUGGCUUAUAUGUUUUAGUGUGCUUUGCAUGAGAGGUGAAACAAAUAAGCUUGUUUUUCACUGGCGACUAUGUUUUCCUGGAAGUUAAGAAGAAUCUGUCAGAUCACUGAAGCAGAAUAUUCAAAUAGGUUCUGGAAAACCUAACCUACCUUGCUUAUGUUUCUGCUCUGUAACAGUAGUGGCGCAUAAGGAUAUUUACACUUCAGGGAAAAGAUUAUGUGACAUAUAAGCAUGUUUGCUUUGAAAAUUUGUGCAAAGAUUGCCCCACAAUCCACUUUCUGGAAAAUGUUUUUUCAAAACGUUCACAGUGGAAACCACUUGAAAGCAUCUCUUUAUUAUUCAUACCACUGUAAAUUUCUUUCUUUCCCACAUUCAGAACAAAUCUGGCACCAUAUGCAGAGCUAAUGGGAUUUCAUGGGGUGUUAAUAGUUAGAAUGCAAAAAGAACUAAUACAGUAUUGUAUUAAUUAACAACUGUACUAAAUUGCAGAGGGUGUUAGUAACCCAAAAGCAUCUAUGAUUUAUAUCCAAACAGCAGCUGUGUAAGCCUGGAUUUGACAAUGCUAACACAUACAAUCUCCUUAGAGCUCACAGAAAUUACACAUUGACCUUCUUGUCCCUUUCAUACGGGCACAGAAAGCACUGUGGGAGAACAGGGUUCUUUUUGCAAAGAUUUUCAGAAUUUGAUGUUCUGCUUCAUUCUGAAUGAGUGCAAGAGGAGACAGUUUUGUUUUUGUUUACAGAGAAUAGUCAGUAAUGGUCCUAAUGAGAACUAUGGACAAAAUCAAACAUUUCCUUUGAGUUAAGGUUCUAAAAUAAUUUACAUUUUAAAUUUUUGUUAUUAUAAUGCAGCAAAAAAUGUAAAUGAAGCAUGGCUUGUUCAAAAUGUAAGAAUGGACUGUUCUGACUCUUUCAGAAUUUUUGUCUUAUUUUAUUCACCUGCAAUUCUGGAACAACUGGCUGGGCUUUUUUAAAAGUUGUGUUAUGACAAAUGUCCAUGUUCAGAUGGAAAAGGUUCUAUGGAAUAUCCUCCACGUGGCUGUAUGCACAAUUAUCUUUGUCAAAUAUUGUCACCUGUGUAAGAUUGACUCACAUAGGAGCCCAAAGACAACAAGGGACAACAGGGAACUUCUCAGUUGGAUUUUAGUACUCUUGGCCACCCUUUGAUAACAGAUCUCCAGAUUUGUUUUAAUUGUGUAGCUCAUCUUCUCUAGCAAUAUGAAUGCAUAUGUUGAGAAUUUCCAGUUCAUGGCAUAGAGCUUCAUGCUGUCAAAUCUUAUUCAGUAAUUAGUGUGGUUUUUUUUUGUUUUUUUUUUGUUUUUUUUUUUUUUUUUUUGUUUUUUU